CUGUUGUGACUGUUGCGAAUGCACCCGAUCGCACUGAUCGCAGAGCCAACGUGUGGUUUGUUGGCAUUUGCGUCUUAUAAUCGUCAAUGAUUUGUGACUUUUCGCUACGCAGUGUAGCAGCUGUGCGGCAGUGUUGGACUAAACAGCCGAGUAGUUUAUUGAUGUGGUCUGUGUCACCGCGAGUAGUGUUUCUACGUUCGACGCAGCGUUUGUCACUGCGUCCGAGUGAUCGAAGUUUUUGAAGACAGUUUAAGCGAGAAAAACUAAAUCGCUUUUGCGGAUCUGUAUAGUUCAAUCACACUUGUUGCGACGGAACUACAAAGCGACAUCGGAUUGGAAAAGAAAUCUGGCGUGUAAAUAGAGCCGUGUUUAUUCCGCAGAGUGAGCCAUGAGUGACCAAUGGGUUGGAUGCGUUGUUGUCGUCGAGUGCGGGGACAUCCUUGGCACGUAUCAAGGAAAGAUCGAAGGUGUCGAUACAGACAAGCAGCAGAUCGUGUUGUCGCAAGCAUCUCGAAAUGGCAUCAAGUGUCACGUCCCACAAGUCACCAUCUGCGCUCAGGACAUUGUGGACCUGAACAUCAUCAAGGCUUCUGGUGGUAGCCGGAGUGAAUCACCAGCUGUGUUGCAAGAAGUUAAUGGUGCUCGGAAAGAUGCCAAGAAGAAAGUUGCUGUCACUCCUAAGAAAGCAGAGGGUCAGCGACGGGCAACGACGGCCGCCAUGAGGGGUCGUGACGACGCCUGCUUCAGUGCCCCAGUCGAUGCCACUGUGCUGGAGCAGGACUUUGACUUUGAGAAGAACCUGGCACUGUUCGACAAGCGGGCAGUGUUUAGCGAGAUCGAUGCCGCCCUGUCACGGCCUGCACUGUGCAGUGACUACUCGGCACAGACCAGCAAGUCUGGGGCGCACAUGGUCGGCACACCGCCCAGCUACCGCUGCGACGAGAACAUCCUAGGUGGAAGCGCAAUGGAGUCCAUGUGUCGCAUCCGAGUGCCUGGCAAGCAAGAGAUGAAUUAUGUAACGGACACGGGGUUGCUAGUGCCAAGUGUGAGCCUGCAGCUGCGCCAGCAGAUACUGGAGGCUGCUGUGCAGUGUGGUUACAGUGCUGAGCGACAGCUGGAGAUGCUUGGGCGUGCUGCAUCAGAGAUGGUGCUGCAGUUGCUUGGCGGUUGCCGCCGGCUAAACCCAGCUAACAGCCACCAGCGCCCCACAGUGGUGGUGGUGUGUGGUGCCCACCGGCAAGGCAGCCAAGUGGUGUGCUGUGGUCGGCAGCUUGCCAACCACGGCGUCGAGGUGUUACUCUGGCAGCUACCUCUGCUGGCUACCGGCUUGGUGCCUGUCGACCCACUGUUUUCAGCUGAGACGGCCCUGUUUCGCAGCAGUGGGGGAAAAGUGCGACUCACUGUAGCAGAGCUUUCUGGCAGCAGAGUGGACAUGGUGCUGGCAAGUCUGGACUCUGUAGACGGUGUAAGCCGAGCCGAUCCGACGACUGUUGCGACCAUGGCCAAUUGGGUCAACCAGAGCAAAGCUCCAGUGCUGUUGGUCGACCCCCCGCCGCGGGGAAGCACAGUGACACCAACUCCUCAGUGGGUGCUCAUGCCCCUUCUUCCACUGGCAAUGGACGAACGCAUUGUUGCCUCGACGGGCCUUUACUUAUGUGACAUUGGCGUGCCCUGUCGCGUCUUCCGUGAUUUGGGUGUUCAGUACGCCUCCCCUUUCGGAUCAAAGUUUGUGGUAGUGCUCCACGCGAAAAAGCCAUGAUGGCCCGGCAAGCGUGCCACUCCGCCCAAGCUGCCGAAGCAUGUUAUGCUUCAAGUCAAAGGAACUGCUCACUCAAUGUAUCACCCAUGAAAAAAAAGACAAGUGAAAUAGAGCGACACAAAAGAAGACAAGUGAGAUGAAAAAUGGACUACUGGCUGACGGUAACGGUGACGAAUGCAGAUGGAGUGAUUGAUUCUGCUGGCCUCCCUUCUUUUCUGUAAGAAAUGUGAUUGUGUCUGUGAGGAGGCUGUGUGUGCACCGUGUUAUUUUUGCCUUUCGCUGCUGCUGAGUGUAUUCAGGGAUGAGUGUUCAUCUGAAGGUUGCUAAAAUAUGUGUUCUGUGUGCAGUGGCUUGCGAAGGAUACGGGUAUGUUAACAGCAAACAAAUGUGGCCAGAACGUAGUCUUAAACAUUGCACAAAAUGACACAUAACAAAAAAACAGUGAUGAGGGCACCUAGGUGGGAGACAAGGAUUAGGAGGCAGACUGCUGGUCAGCAUGCUCAAACGAGAAGAUACUAAAGAGAUGAAACAUUUGGCAGGGAUUGUGGAACUAAGAGAGGAUUUCUAGCAAACGCACAUUUUCAGCACUGUUGUGUAUCUCAUCAUCAGCUUCAAUGUUUCUACAAGAAGAAAAAGAAGUGGCUGUUUGUGCUUUCAUUACUUUGAGUCAGCCUGUGAAGGUCACACAUUUUGUUUGUAGUUAUUGCAACAUUUCAGAGUAAGCUUCUGAAAUUGCCACCGGUGUGCUUCUGUGUCAACUUAUUAAACUAAUGUAGACAAACAGUCUGAAAUUCUGCCUUUAGCGGAGGAAAAGAGUGGAGAAAAGUAAUAUGGACCAAGUGAAUGAUAGUAUCGAAAUAUAAUGUAAAUUUCUUGUACUAUUAUUUUGUCGCGUGGCUCUCUCUUAAAAAUAUUUCACUGCUGUUGAUAGCUACAAUGGCUUUCAUCGCAUACACGCCUCAAGAGAACUGUCCUGAAGACAUGCUAAAGGAAUGACCGCAGCUUUGGUAUAACUUGAUAUUUAUAUAAGACAAUCUAGGGCAGAUUGAUUUUGACCAAUUAAAUGUGUGAUCUCAUUUUGUUCUCUCUUCUAUGGUAACUUGUGGUGUUCACUUCUUAGGGGGCCUAGGUUGCUGUUUUGUCUCUGAAUAAGUGAAAGCUUGCUAAAGGAGCACUUCAUAUUUCUAACUUUUCAUUCUUUGGAUUAGAUGAGGGCCGAGUAUCUAAAAGCCAUAGGAAAAUUACUGCCAUGCCUCAAAGUGCCAUAAAUAAUUUAAUAUAACAGCUUUUCAACAGCCAGUUUUGUUUCCUAUAGUUUAGACUGCGUCGCAAUGUCAUCCGGAAGGUGAUCACAAGGAAGCAGCUAAUCGCGGCGUUUGUGCGCUCACUUCGAACCACUUGAUUGCUUCUUGUGCUGCCAAUCGUCAUGAAAACUGAUGUAGUAGGAUAUCAUAUGACCAAGUGAGCCAAAGUGAGUGUCAAAACGUCACUGUACAGAGCUCCCAUGUGAUCACCUUUGUGGUGGUGACAUUGCGACGUAGUGUAAACUCUAGGAAAUGAAACUUACUGUUGAAAAGCUGUUAUAUUAAAUUAUUUAAAGCACUUUGAGGUUUGGCAGUACUUUUUCUAUGGUUGCAUGGUCCCCAGGCCUUUGUUUAAUGUUAAUGAUGACUAGAUGAAAAAAAAAAAAAGAAA